AUGACAUUGCAAUCUCUCCCACCACCACUGCAGAUGCAGCAGUUGAUCACACCCGAUAAAUCAGUGCCUUCGUCUCCAACACUCUCUCCUGCUGUAGUCACACACACAAAUGCAACCACUCGUCACCUUCAUACAAAUGAUCCCACUGCAGUUGAUUUGAUUGAAUUGACAAAAUUAUUACAAGAUGUUGUAUCAAACAAAAAGAAAGUGGGCUAUCCUCAGCAGCCAAACUCGCCCACAUCGACAUCUACCUCUUCGUCAUCCUCCAGCUCAUCCAUCUCCUCCAAUUCCUCAGCUGCUGCCAUCAUUGCACCCAGACCUUCUCUGAUUCAACAACAUCGACCUUCCUCUUGCUUAAAUCCCAACACACCAUCACAAUUUGUAUUCAAAAAACCACUCUACAACCAACACUACCAUCAGACGCAUUUCCACCACAACUCACCACCAUCACCACCCAACACCAUCACAUCAACACACACCCACUCGCAAUCUACUUCACCGAUGUUGGACCGCAAAGACUUAUUUUUAGCUUGGUCUGAUUUGAGGAGAUUCUUUGUACAACAGCAGCAACCACAAGCAGCAGAAGUUGAUGAACAGCCAUUUGCCAAUCAGUUUAGACAGAACAUCUCUGGCAGAUACGGUCAAUGGGGUCGCUAUAUUGGCAAAGGAGCUGGUGGUUCAGUGAGACUCAUCAAGCAACAGAACAAGACGUUUGCAGUCAAGCAAUUCAGAAAGAGAUUUGCGCAUGAAACAGAGAAAGAUUACGUCAAAAAAGUUACAGCUGAAUUCUGCAUUGGAUCCACGCUUCAUCAUCCCAAUGUCAUUGAAACUCUCGAUUUGAUCCAGGAAGAAGAGAACUUUUACGAAAUCAUGGAAUACGCUCCCAAUGACAUGUUCAACGUGGUUAUGAGUGGAAUGAUGUCUCGAGAAGAAAUUGCCUGCUGCUUUCGUCAACUGCUGAAUGGACUUGACUACUUGCAUUCAAUGGGAAUUGCCCACAGGGAUCUCAAAUUGGAUAAUCUGGUGCUGGAUCACAUGGGCAUACUCAAAAUCAUUGACUUUGGCUGUUCUACUGUAUUCAAAUACCCAUUUGAGAGUUCAGCUACUAUGACUAAAGGCAUUUUCGGUUCAGACCCUUAUAUUGCUCCAGAACAGUACACACAGCCAAUGUACGACCCUCGUUUAUCAGAUGUAUGGUCAUGCGGUAUCAUCUUUGUUUGCAUGACAAUUAAGCGCUUCCCUUGGCGAUUACCUCGCAAUUCUGAUCCUGCGUUCCGAGCAUUUGCCACUAAUUACAAUCAACAGAAAUUCAGAUUGCUUAAAUUAUUGCCUCGCGAAUCACGCUCUGUCAUGACCAGUAUCUUGGAGGUGGAUCCUACCCGAAGAUGGACUCUGCAAACCAUUCUCAAAGACAGCUGGAUCAAUACUAUCGAUGUUUGUUCAAUCUCAGAACCAGGCGCUCGCCAUGUUCAUCAUGUAUCUGUAAUGGAUCCAGUCGCGCAACAAAAGAGAGGAAAUUUAGUUGCAAUGACUACUGAGCCACCUGGUGUUGUGGCAGAAAAAGAAAAGAGAAAGCGCCAACAAGCAACGAUGCCUCCGCCUCCACCUCCUGUACCUCAACAACAACAACAACAACAACAAAAACAACCACAGCCUCCACAAAAGCACUAA